ACUCUCCACUUCGUUUGGUUGGAAAUAAACGUCAGCUACCAAGGACCACCCCGCCAUUAAAUUGCUGACAAAUUCGUCCGUCAAAUUCGGACGAAAUUUCUUGGCAUCAAGCUCAGGAGGUUAGGUAGGAGAUAGAAAGCAGAGCAUUAGAGUCUCCUUGCAAUUUCAGAAAGUGGUGUGCAUGUUACUACAUGUUCACUGCAAGACAAGCCACCAAUUAAGAUAGUCCCAAGCGCCGGUUUUGUUGGUAUAAAAUACCGCUCAAGCAAGAUUUGAAAAUGCCCCAACUUCCUAUGCGAAGUUCAAGUGGAGGGCAAGACCCAGACGCAAAAAGGAGAAAAAUCCGUAAGGGGACGCAUAGUUGUUGGGAAUGCAGAAGAAGGAAAACUCGUUGCCAAUUCGUAUCAGAGGCAACUGCCGUCUGCAUUGGUUGCGAGGCGCGAGGCACUGCCUGCGUGUCCCAGGAAUUCACCGAUGACCAGCCCCAAACACCAGAACGAGGGCUAUCACAGAGAUUGAGUAGAGUUGAGGGCCUACUUGAGACGCUUGUCGAACGGCUAGCACCUAAUUCUUAUACACUUGAUGUGCUUGGUCCGCCCGGCGGCCGACCCUCUGAUUCCUCCGCUUCGGCCGAAGAUGAGCUCGAUUCGUCAUCAGACGUCCUUCUAUGUUCGUCAGCGGCUCACCAAUCCCAAACCAUAGGCAUGAUUGAUCCUUUACAGGGGAGUGACGAGGCUUGCACUACAGCUCAUACGACCUUUGGGCCGCCCCCAGCAUCCGCACAUGGUCAUGUAUGCGUCCUCCCCGCCAAGUAUGCCAAUGUCUCGAGGACUCUCCACGCAGCUUUCCCGUGCCAACGCGAUAUCAAUGCAAUAGCUGCAGUUGGUUCGGGCGCACAAUGUGUCGCUGGAUUCUUCGGUAAUAUUGAUGGCUCAUUUGAGCCCCCAUCCACCAUCACGGUGGUUCCGCCCGUGACCAGUCACCCAGCCUUGUUGGCGAAGCGUUUAAUGCAACUGGCGAACUGUAUGCAGAGCAUGUCUUCAAACUUUCUCCCAAGAGACCUUGUCUCGAAGGGACCUAUUCGCUCCCAGACGAAUAGAAUGGUAAACUUGGUUGUGGACCUAGUCGCUUCCAAUGACGACCUUGUCGGUUCUGUUGAAGGCUCGGAAACGUUAAGUCUUAUUGUGGUAUACCACGUUAACGCAGGGAAUCUCCGCAAAGCCUGGCUCGCCCUUCGCCGCGCUCUUGCUGUUGCGCAACUCAUGGGUGUAGACCGAUGGCCAGACGAAAAGCCACUGAAAUCCGUCGACCCACGUUCGGAUCCCUCAACGCGCACCCGAGCCAGCGCAUUGUGGUAUCACAUCAAUCUCUCUGAUCGAAACGUGUCACUUCUUCUAGGUCUCGAUGCUGCCAAUGACGAUACUUCCUUUGCCGAUCCAGAACGCAUCGCCAACAUGCCCCCGGCAUAUAGGCUUGAGCGGCUACACACGGUCAUCACACGGGCCAUUAUCAGACGCAACAUCAGCAUUAAUAAAAGUUCAGCUGAGGCCGCCUUUGGCGUAACACAAGCUAUUGAACGUGAACUAGAGCAGGCAGCAGAGUCGAUGGGUGAGGGUUGGUGGAGACCUUUAGAGAUCGACACAUUCGCGGCGUUGCCGCAGGACUUAAUCCGGGCACAUAUGCACAUCCGGAUACAUAUGGAUCAUCACCAUCUUCUGCUCCUACUUCAUCUACCGUAUAUGCUGCGAGACCCCAAGGAGCGACGCUGGGACUAUAGCAAAACGGCGUGUUUACAAGCCUCUCGCGAAAUGCUCAAAGCUUAUGUCGUCUCCCGAACUCUCAUCGACGCCGCGUCCGCUUGUCGGCAUACUGAUUAUAGCGGUCUAACCGCAGCUCUAACACUUCUGCUUGGCUACCUAGAUCCAAAGCUGCGGUCGCGGGACCCUGAAACGACUCAAUGCCGUGAGGCAGAUCGCAACCUAAUCCGUACUGUCAGGGACGUCGUAAAAGGGAUGGCCGAGAGAGACGAUGACAAAAUUGCACGUGAGACUUCCGACAUAAUUACGCGACUGCUACCCUUGACGAAUGUUGAUCUAACGGCGGAUAGUGGUGGCAUUGACACGCCCGUGCGUUUGGAGAUACCGUAUCUUGGCACCAUCAAUAUCAACCCAGUAAGCAGACACACACAACGACAACAACAUCGUCUAGACGGCGACAGCAGCACGAUGCCAUCAACCAACUACGGGGACGAUGAAGCGGUAUACAAUGGACCAAGCGACCCGCAGGAUUCCGCUCAGCCCGAUAGUAUCUAUCUCGCCUCCGAUAACCCCGAAGAUAUCGUGGUUGAUCCGAAUCUACAGCAAUCUUCUCAGCCCCCUUCUGGCUUUUUGGCUUCGCUCGGAGAAGAUUCUAAUUUCUCCUUUAUGCCAUUUGAGCCGAAUCUUGCUGCGCCGUACCAAUUCCCCGAGCUAGUAGCAGACGUAGAUCAGUGGACCUUCCAGGGCUUUGACGCGAAUUUCUUCGAGAGCUUAUUCUCAUAACUAAUUACAACCAAAGCACCGGUUGUGUCCAACUAAAUCACACUUUAAGUUCGAGGAGACCGAAAAUUUUAUGCAAAUUUACACGUAUAUAUGUAUAUAUAUAAUUUUAGGGGCUCCUCAUAGACGUCCCGAUAAUCAAAAGAAUAUGUACAAGAAUUUUGUCGAACCAUAUAUAUCGGCUCUAUAGUAGUUCUACGUUAGACUAGUCUAUAGAGAUAGAAUCUGAGCCCCUGUGUUCUUUGUUAUCUUCGCCGG